UCUUUACCUAACCUUUUCUCUAGGACUGGAUUUUCUUAGUUUAGAGUGAGAGCAGCAACAAAAUAGGUGUGUUUUAGGGUUCCAUCUUCAGCUUGGUGAGGUUGCAAAUUCUUGAAGCCUGAGAAUGAGUGGACAAGGAGGACCCGGGCCUCCUCCAAGUUCAUGGCCUGGACCUCCUCCUGUUCUUGGCAACUUCUUCCAUGGACUAUGCAGUACCAUAUCUUCUUGUUUCUACGUAGUCUGCUGUUGUUGGCUGCUACAAGACUGUUUUGGGGCGCAACCAGAGCCGCCUCCUGUUCCGAUGGAUCCACCACAACCUCCACCACCUGUGCCUGGCCCACCUGGUCCUCCCAUUCCGCCACCACCAGAGCCUCCUGGUCCUUAUGGGCCUCCUGCUCCUCCAGACCCUCCAGGCGGUCCAUAUAGCCCUCCGGGCGGUCCAAUUGGCCAUCCUGGGCCUCCAAGUGGCCCACCCGGGCCUCCCCCUCCUUAUUAAGGGUCUGUAAUUGUAACCGACGGGAAUACAUGCAUAAACCAAAAAAAUUUCUUGUGACUGCAGGAGAACUUGUAAAACUUGCUAGAGUUUAACCAUAUUGUUGGGGUACUAAUUGCAUGAGAAAAACCUUGCACUUAACUUAGUGAUUGUUUCAUCUCAGAUGAAUGAUACACUGAUAAAAGAGUAUCAAAAUUGUACCUGUUCAACACUUUGCAACAAAUAGUUAAAUAAAUUGGACAUGUUUAAA